AUGGACACAGAAAAUAAGAGCAGAGCAGAUCUUGCGCUCCCAAACCCACAAGAAUCCCCCAGUGUGCCUGACAUUGAGCUCUUGGAAGCAUCACCUUCUGCUAAAGCUCUGCCAGAGAAGCCAGCACCACCCCCACCACCGAAGACAUGGCAGGCAGUUUUGAAGAAAGAUUUGGAGUUCCUGGGGGUAACACAAAUUCUGGUUGGUGUGAUGUGCCUUUGUCUCGGGACAAUUGUCUGCUCAGCACUCCCCAUUUCUGACUUUGACGAUGAAGUCCUUCUGUCCUACAGAGCAGGCUAUCCAUUCUGGGGAGCAGGGCUGUUUGUUUUGUCUGGAUUUUUGACGGUUAGGUCCGAAAGGAAGAACACGCUGUAUCUGAUGAGAGGAAGCCUGGGAGCAAACAUCGCCAGCAGCAUCACUGCAGCAGUAGGGGUCCUCCUGCUGAUCCUCAAUCUGAGCCAGGACUUCAGGUAUAUGAACUACUGUAAGGAUCUAAACGAGGACGACGGCUGCUUUGGGGCGUCUUUGGUCACGGAAACAGUAUUGAUGAUGCUGCUGCUCACCAUGCUGGCCUUUUGCAGCGCUGUGCUGUUCAUUAUCCAUAGGAUUGGAGAAAAAUUCAAAAGUAAAAAGGUUGCAGAUGAUCGUCUUUAUGAAGAACUAAAUAUUUAUUCACCGAUCUACAGUGAGUUGGAAGACACAGGGAACAUGCCGUCCCCUGUUGGUUCAUAGGAAUUGGGGACCAGAACAAUCUGACUCACAGUAGAAUUCUGAAAUCCAAUCUUUAAAAGACUUUUACAAAAUUAUAGCAAAAUUAGUUUGUUCCACAUUCUGCCAGUUUUACAAUUAGAUUAUUCUCCUAUGCCAUUGUUUUAGUUACGCUGUUUCUGAUCUUCUGACUCUCCCUCUCUUUGUGAAUAUCAUCCACUCCAGCUGUCUUGUUUUGUGUUACAGUCUCACACACAUUCUUUCUGGAAAGUCAUCAAGGAAUAAGUUAGCUUUACUGUACAUCUACAAUGAUGAUCAAAAGGAAAAAAAGAGGAAGUAGGCUUAGAAUUUAAUUAAAUUUAGAUAAUCAGGUAAUAUUUGCUCUUUGUUCUUUUUAGAACUCUCAACAACUAUCGAUGGGCAUGAUAUACAUUAACCCAUAUCCAUCUAUCUAUGUAUGUAUUUUUAACAUGAUAUAUAAUUUCUAUAUGGAAAUAUUUUGUACCUCAGUAAUAAUGACUUUUUCUUUCUAUUAAUUAAUAUUUUUAGUUUCAUUUUAUUUUGCUUCCUUUAUACUCAUUUUACAUACCAACUACAGUUUUCCUCCCACCCCUUAUCCCACUCCCCCACAAUCC